AACAAGGAAGUUAAAUAGGCAGGACAAAAGCACUUGACGGUACUUGUGAAUUCGAUAUCUGUGGUUAACAGGAGGCAAUGUAUAGCUAUAUGGGCCAAUCAAGAAAAACUAUUCUGAUCAUCGUAUCGAUUACAAAACUUUUCACAGGAUGUUAUGGAACUAUAUCAAGUAUUGCACAGACAAAUUGGACAAAUGCUCAUAUACACUGCAAGAAAGAAGGGAAAAUGUUACCAAAUCUGGGUAUACAUACGUUAUUUAAUGAAACGUAUUUUUGGACAGGACAUUAUACUCGCUUAUCAGAAUGGAUAAAAAUAAUUGGUUGUUUCGAAGAAACUGUAGUAAACACUUUGGAACAGAUAUCCUAUGAGAUGCAUUUUCCAUCGGCCGGUCUUUGUCAGGAAGUAUGCCUUGAAUCGAACUACUUUGUGUUUGGUUUACAGCUAAAUAAAUGUGUUUGCUUGGAACAAAUACCUAAACAAAGAAGCAGAAGAGCACAUGAUUGUUCAUUGUCAUGUUCAAUCAAAGCCAAUCUUACGUUUCAAAAUGAUUGUGGAGGAGACAAGACGUAUAGUCUAUUUAAGUCAGGGUCGGAAAAGGAGAAUUUUGCCUUUACAGAGAAAAAGUGUUUAUCUAUUCAGUGUCCCGAGAAUGCCAAAAGUUUCAUAGAGCAGGAAUGUAGUUUAUCAUACGCUCUAAUAUGCAAUAAAACGUUAUUGAAAGUAUACAGUGGUUGGCAAUCAUCGUUAUCAGAAUGCAAAUCAAGGCAUAAUUCUUAUCUUCUUGGAGACGUAGAUCUUACUGACCCUGCGCAAGCAUGCAGUUUCAUUGAGGGACAGCCUCUUGGUACUUCAUGGCUAGGCAUUGCCAAAGAAGUAUACAUUAGUAUUGAUGGAGGACAAGAUAAAAUUGUACAUGUACAAAGCCGUAAUCAAGGAAGAAUAAGCAAGGAAUGCUUAAAAUGCAACAACAAAAACUGUGUGUUUGCUAAUUGCUUUGAAAACAACUACUUCGUGUGCAUUGAGAAAGGAACUCAAAUGAUUUCACAGGAAAAUACAGAUGAAAGAUUAACCGAAACCUCGUCAAGUAGCUAUGAUACAGACUAUCAAAUCAAUCUGACAGUAACGUCUAAAAUAAAAAGGAGCACAGAUAGUUCAUCAAGUCUUUUUGCAGUCCCAGUGUGUCUUUGUCUGCUGCUUUUGUUGAUUGGUGCACUAGUACUCCUAUUUAUUAUCAGAAAGAAGAAAGGUAAAGAUUCAGAACAAACAGAACAACCACCUUUAAAUGACUCAGCUGAUUAUUGCAAUGUUGAAACUCGAACCGACAACGAUUAUUGUGAACUUCAGCAACCUACAUGUAACCCCACCAAUCAGUCGGCAGACUAUUCUCAACUUCAAUUCGAGAGUACCAGAACUUAUAAUGUCGAUUCUAAUUUAGCUGUACACAAUGCCGUCAUAGAAAAAUCUUCGAAUGAGAUUUAUUAUAACAUGUCAUCUGCGGAGUCUGAUUGUAUUAACUUUGGUUUGCAAGUCGAUAAAUAUGAAUGAUCGUUAGUUGAACAUUACCUACCUAUGAUCAAAUAAAUAGUUGUUAGUA